AAUAAAUGGGCGUAUGGUAAUUUCCGAACGCUAGAUCUGGCCGCCGCGACUUACAAGAACGAAUUACGAAAGCCCGUAAUUCGAAGUUGAUUGAAUUCCUUGAUUAAGGUCGGAGAAAUGGCGAGUGAUGGUGGCGGUGGAAAGGUCUCCUUCAAAGUGACCCUCACCUCUGAUCCGAAGCUCCCUUUUAAAGUGUUUAGCGUACCAGAGGCAGCCCCUUUCACGGCUGUUCUGAAAUUCGCCGCAGAGGAGUUCAAAGUGCCUCCCCAGACCAGCGCUAUCAUCACCAACGAUGGUGUUGGAAUUAAUCCUCAGCAAAGUGCAGAAAGAAAAAGCUCAAGUUGAAACGCACCAUAUCAUGUGACUGCUGGCAAUGUCUUCCUGAAACAUGGUUCGGAGCUACGCCUCAUACCUCGUGAUAGGGUUGGAGCAUCUGGGAUGUGAAAAUCUGCAUUAUUAUCAUAACAAAAAGACUGACCUUUCUUCACUGGUUAAGUUGUGUUUGUGAGUUGGUUUCCUUUAUAAUUAAUUGGAGAGGAAUUUUAAACUUUCUGCGCAUCAACCUAGCGAACUGUUUUAUGUAAAGAGAUGGAAGUCUAUAAUAAAUUACUUAAAUAAUAGUAGAGGGUUUAAAUGA